AUGUCUUCAAGCAACAGCCCUUCGAUCGAGAAGCCGUGGUUUCAGGACACAAAAACUGGAUGUGAGAAACAAGCGCAUUAUUUUUUACAGAUCCGCAAACUUCAAGACGAACUUAUUCAUCGUGAGCAACACAAUCUUAUCAAUGCCAUGGAACGCCUGAAGCAAAUCACAUACCCGCGGAAGCGACCAAUUAUUCGAAACAUUGACACCUCAGAUCAACUAUCACCUCAAAGCUUCCCUGCCAGAAAUGCUAAUUUGAGAAAAGUUUUGAAACACAAAGCUUUACAGAGUAAGGAAAAGCCCGAAUUAAGUGCUGUGUCGGGAAAGCCUUUGAUUAGAAAACCAGUGCACAAAAGACAGGAAAAUUAUCAUCGUUUCUUUGUAAUGCCGCCUCUUUUGAGUGAUAAAGACAUUGCCAAGAUAGUGCAUCAUGCAAAUUCUACUUUCCCUUCUGAGCCUUCCACAUAUCUUCUUCAGCCGCAUCUGCCGUCCAUUCCAAAUGUUGGACGAAAGACAAAUUUUAUGAAGGACAACAGGCUAAAACUUCUGACGCUGGCCGAGCCUGAGUUCUGUGACGCAGAGGGGGGUAGUGUAAGUGGAACAAGUAAAUAUUUGCAUACGGGAAAAUCCAGGCAACGAAAGAGAAGUCCGACAAAGUCCAGUUUGCGGUUAGAAGGUAACAUGUCCAAGGAGAAUUUAAGGAAGAGAAGUGGGAAUGUGUUGACUUUUGAUGUUGAUCCAAAUGAUCCAAGCCUAUUUUCUCACUGUGUGUCAGAUGAGAAGAAAGGAGAUGAACAGUAUGAAACCACACCCUUGCCGCCACCAAACUCGAGACCAAGUUCUACAAAAUCAAAGUCCAGUCAAGUGCAGCUUGUGGUAUCUACAAAAGAUGGCAGCACUCGGGAAGAUAAUAGUAAUAUGAAAUCUGAGGUAAUGAAUUCUGGUACAGGAUAUAACACUGCAAAUAAAUUUAAUGAAGAUGAUCAGGUUGCAGAGAAGACUGAAAAGACUGAUUCAACCUUAAAAGGUGGUUCAAGUGCACAUAUCAGUGUACAAGGUGAUCAGAUAUCUGUUCAAAAAGAUCAAAUAUCAAACUCACUUCCUGCUAAUAGUAGACAAGAUGGUUCUGAGAAUCUCAUUGAAAAUCAAGAACAAGUUGAAGUGGCUCAGCCAGUGGUUACAAUAACAAGUAAACCACCAGAUAAUGCAGUUCAGGCAACUUGA